AUGGAGAAAUGCGUUCUUCUGGCUAUAUUUAUGUUGGCUACUGCCUUUACGCCGGUGGACAAUUACCUUUUUGACUGUGGAUCUUCCACGAAUACCACCAUUGACGGCUGCAAUUUCAUCGGCGACAAUCCCGGCUCCUCGUUUUCUGUUUCGACAGGCAAGAACAUUCUUGGCACCACAAGUUCCAGCCCAGUUGCUCCUGUCGCCGGAUCGGCACUCUACCGGACGGCACGCAUCUUCACCAGUAAGUCGUCUUAUACAUUUCCAAUCAAGAGCAAAGGACGGCAUUGGGUUCGUCUCCAUUUCUUCCCCUUCACUUAUCAGACGUAUGAUCUUACAACUGCAAGCUUUGAUGUUCAGACACAAGAUACUGUUCUUCUUAGCAAUUUCCGGGUUCAAAAUACCUCUUCUCCAGUGUUUAUGGAAUAUUCAGUUGUUGUAAAUUCAGACAGUCCGGUUUUGAGUUUCGUUCCUUUGGAUAAUUCGGUAGCAUUUGUUAAUGCAAUCGAAGUUGUUUCGCUUCCCCCCGGACUCAUUUCAGACGAUGCCCUGACUUUGAAUCCCUUGAAUUCCUACAACGGACUUGCAUCUGUAGCUUUAUUGACGUCAUUCAGACUGAAUAUGGGUGGUCCUGUAGUUAGUCCAGCCACUGACUCGCUUCAAAGAACAUGGGCAUCUGAUCAGGACUUUUUGCUUCACAAAAAUGCUGCUAUUAACGUUACAACAAGUCAGAUACUUACAUAUCAUACGGGAGGUGCCACUCCAGACACUGCACCAGCCAUUGUGUACACUACUGCUCAAAUGAUGAGUCCACAAAACUCUGCAACAAACUUGUUUAACAUAACAUGGCAGUUUUCAUUGGAUUUUAGCUACUCUUACUUAGUCCGAAUGCACUUUUGUGACAUAACUAGCAAGGCGUUGGGGCAGCUCAUAUUCAAUGUUUACAUUGGAAGCUCUCUUGCAGCCUCUGAUCUGGAUCUAUCUGCUCAAACACAGUCCUUGGCAUCCUGA